CUAAGACACAGGCGGUGCAGGCAGUAUUAUUGCAGUCCUGCAAAGUUCGCUUUCUCAGACGGAAUCAGCAAGAAACUUGUACAGUUCAGUUUACACCGGGACUUGUGAAAAGAUUUCAGCUUUAACUUGGCAAAAAUGAGACUUUAUUCCUUGCUUUUGUUUCAAGGGAUUUUCAUCUGUGCACUUUUCCCUCUGACGAACUGCGAAGAGCAGCGAAUCCCCGAAGAGAAACUUCUAGUCGUGACAGUAGCAACCAAAGAGACAGAUGGCUUCAGGCGUUUCUUGAGGUCGGCUAAAUACUUAAACUACACUGUCAAGGUUCUUGGCCGGGGUCAGAAAUGGAGAGGAGGCGAUUACAUGUCAGCUCCAGGAGGAGGCCAGAAAGUGCGACUCCUCAAAGGAGCGUUGGAGGAGAUGAAGGAUGAGGACAAAAUCGUCCUUUUUAUUGACAGCUAUGAUGUGGUUUUUGCCUCGGGUCCCAAGGAGCUCCUCAAGAAGUUCCAGCAGGCCAGACACAAGGUGGUGUUCUCCUCUGAGAGCCUGAUCUGGCCCGACAGACACCUGGAGGACAAACACCCCCACGUCAGGGAGGGCAACAGGUUCCUGGGCUCAGGGGGUUUUAUUGGCUACCUUCCCAACAUCAAAGAAAUGGUUUCUGACUGGACGGGUGAAGAUAAUGAGAGUGACCAGCUGUUCUUCACCAAGAUUUACAUUGAUCCAGCAAAAAAAAAAUCCAUAAAUAUCACACUGGACAGCAAAUGCAGAUUAUUCCAGAACCUCCAUGGAGCCCUCGAUGAGGUGGUACUGAAAUUUGAGGAUGGUUGGGUACGAGCCAGAAACGUGCUGUAUGAUACCCUGCCUGUCAUCAUCCAUGGGAAUGGACCAACCAAGCUCCAGAUCAACUACCUGGGUAACUACAUCCCUAAUACAUGGACAUUUGAGACUGGAUGCACAGUGUGCCAUGAGGAUCUCCACCCUCUCACAGCUCUUAAGCAGGAGAGUGAAUACCCACUGGUGGUGAUUGGCAUCUUCAUUCAGCAGCCUACCCCCUUUGUCACAGUGUUUUUUGAACGUCUACUGAAGCUCGAGUACCCCAAGAACCAGCUCAAACUCUUCAUUUACAACCAGGAAGCUCAUCACGAGCGUCAGGUCAGCUCUUUCCUGCAGGAUCAUGGAAGCCUUUAUCAGAAUGUCAAGUUCAUUGGGCAUGGAGAGGACAUGGACGGAGCUGAUUCCCACAACCUGGGCUUUGAUAUGUGCCGGAAAGACAAAGACUGUGACUACUUCUUCAGCUUGGACAUUGAAGUGGUCUUAAAGAAUGAAAACACACUCAAAAUUCUCAUUGAGCAAAACCUUCCUAUUGUAGCACCAAUGAUUACUCGAGCUGGCCGACUUUGGAGCAACUUCUGGGGAGCCCUCAGUGCAGAUGGCUACUACGCCAGGUCUGAGGACUACGUUGACAUAGUUCAAGGACGCAGAGUGGGUGUGUGGAAUGUUCCGUAUGUGUCCAGUGUGUACCUGGUGAAGGCCAGCCUCCUUCGAUCAGAGCUCACAGACUACGAGCUCUUUAACUCGCACAUCUUAGACCCUGACAUGGCUUACUGCCACAAUGCACGCAACAAGGGAAUCUUCAUGUAUGUAACCAACAUGCACAGUUUCGGCCGUAUCCUAUCCACAGAAAACUAUCAGACCAACCACCUUCAUAAUGAUCUGUGGCAGAUCUUUGAAAACCCAGUGGACUGGCAGGAGCGCUACAUUCAUGAGAACUACACUCACAUCAUGAAAGACAAGCUGAUUGAAACUCCUUGUCCUGAUGUGUAUUGGUUCCCAGUUUUCUCUGAUGUUGCUUGUAACCACCUUGUUGAAGAAAUGGAACACUUUGGGAAGUGGUCUGGAGGACGCAAUGUGGACACCAGAAUCCAAGGUGGCUAUGAGAAUGUCCCCACCAUCGAUAUCCACAUGAAUCAAAUCAGCUUUGAAAAGGAAUGGCAUACUUUCUUACUGGAGUACAUAGCAGUGAUAACAGAGAAAAUGUAUCCUGGUUACUACACCAAGGCUCAGUUUGACUUGGCCUUUGUAGUUAGAUAUAAGCCAGAUGAGCAGCCCUCUUUGAGGCCACACCAUGACGCUUCCACAUUCACUAUAAACAUUGCACUCAAUCAAGUUGGCCUUGAUUACGAGGGUGGUGGAUGCAAGUUCCUGCGCUACAACUGCUCCAUUCAGGCUCCUCGUAAAGGCUGGGCCCUCAUGCACCCGGGACGCCUCACCCACUACCACGAAGGCUUGCCAACCACCGCUGGCGUCCGGUACAUUUCAGUGUCCUUUGUGGAUCCCUGAACUCCCAAAGAUGGCACACCUCACCGGCUAGUCCAGACCAAAGAGGACAGACAACUGUCCACAUCCUUCAGCAUCACAGCUGCUCUUUAUUCUCUGAUUUGGAGUGGUGACAUUUCUUUUUUCAUUAAUUUCCUUGUUUUAAUGUCCAAGAUGUUUCUGUCUCACUUAAAAGAAUUUUAUGCAA